GGUUCCUCUUUGCGGUUGCGAGAGGAUCAGCUCUUGUCAAGCCCUACCUGUUUGCCUUCUGCGUGAGCCGGCGCAGCUGAUACACGCAACAGCAGCCACAAUAGGGGUAAGCCUACUGCAUCGCCUCGUAUCUUAAGCACACAAACGGACGAGAUGUCGACCCCCGUCCUCACCGAGGAGGAGUUGAACUACUACGCCUCCCUCGACUUGGCAGAUCCGGAUGACGCGGCGCUGCGUACCUUUCUUCACGAUGCACGGCCCUCCCACUCCCCACACGAGGAGCAACGCGCCGCCAAGCCUUCAGCGUCGUCCUCGUCUUCUUCGCUCGCUGCCUCGCCAGACGCCGCGCGUCGGCGGCGGCUUUCCUCGUCGGUGGUGACGUGCAGCGCAGCGGCCCGCCCGCAGCCCUCAUCUGCCACUGCCGCCGCUGCAGAUACUGCGACGACCGGAGUACGCGCACCGAGGGGCAGCCGUUACGGUGUGACGGAUGUGCUGGACAAGUCAGACCUGGUGGGCGGUGUGGCGGGGAUGGUCGAUGCGGCACUGCAGACCCGCAUAGUCGAACUGCCGGGGCGGCAGCUGACCUCCCUCGCGUCGAUCCAGUGCUUCCUCAACGCCACGCACCUCUACCUGCAGCACAACGACAUACGCAGCGUGGAGGGGCUGGAGAUGCUCUCGCGGCUGCAGGUGCUGGUGGUGCACCACAACGCCAUCACUUCCGCCGCGCCGCUGCGCCAUCUCGACCGACUCUUCUACCUCGACCUCGGCCACAACAAACUGGACGCGCUGUCGACGCUGCUGGCCACGGAGCUGCCGUGCGGAAGUCUCCACUACCUGAACCUGACGGGCAACCCCUGCUGCCGGGGCGGGGCUGCGCAUGACGCCUAUGUGACUACCGUGUGCGCCGCGUGUCCGGCGCUGGCGUGCUUGGAUGACGUGCCGCUGCCGCCCGACGCAGAGGACGAGACAAGUGACGAGGCAACCCGGACAGAAGGAGGAGAACAAGCGGAAGGUGUGGGGACGGAGGAGGAGGAGAGGAAGGGCAACGGCGUGGCAGCGCCCACCGAACCGGGUAGAGACACCAGCGCCGGCAGCAGCGGUGGCGGUCGUCGCCGCGUGAAGGAAAUAGUGGAGGCGGUGCGGGCCGCCACGCAGGCGGAGCACCAUCCCCGCAAAAGCGAACUUCACUCCGCACCCGAUCCCACCGCCUCCAACGCUCCCAUCAACGACGGGGACGUCACGGAUAACGGUACUGUGGUACCGCCGACGUCCUCAGAGUACGCCACGCCACUCGAGCUAGAGGAGGAGCGCCUGCUGCGGCAGCUGCUGCGCCGUUCUUCGAACGCCAACGCAGGCGUCUCGACAAGGGACAACGACGAAGAGGGAGGAGAAGAGGAAGGCCCUGCUGUGGUUGCCGCACCGAGUGACAGCCUCGACGCACUUCAGCUCUUUCAGGACCUGCGGUACACGCAGGAGGUGCGGCAGGCGCGACAUCAGCGGGACAUCGCCGCAUAUUGGGACGAUGUAAGUCGUGUUUUGCAGACGGCCAAGGGCCUUCAGCAGGAUCGCCGUCGGCGCCUGCACGAGCGUUUGCAAGAAGACACGCCGUUUUAUACGGAGACGCUGCAGCUGCUGCAGAGCGAGUCCUACACGAAGGAUCUCCGUUGUUACCGGGAAGCCGCGGGAUCACCUCACUGGAGCUGUCAGCAACCGCAGCAGCAGCAGCCACAGCAGCCCUCUGUGCCUGUGGCCCGUGCCUCCACCUCUCCAGCCACUGCCGCAACGACCGCGUCCAACGCGACAUCUGCCAAGAGCAGCAGGAGCAGCUUGCCGAAGAAAAACGAGGAGGGUCCAACGCACGUGCCGAAGCCUCCGCCACCACGACGCUGA